AUGGAAACUCUUAAUGAUAGUUUGUUAAAUGGAAAUAGUUGGCCACAAUUUACAGAUUGUUUUCAACAAACUAUAUUGGUAUGGGUGCCUUUGAUCUGGUUGGUUCUGAUCACACCUAUUUAUGCAUACUACCUCUAUACAUUAAAAGUGUUUCCAACAGUUCCUGUUAACUCUCUCAAUAUCUCUAAAAUGUUUCUUGGAUUAUCACUUAGUCUGCUGUCUCUCUUUGAGUUGCUGUAUUCUAUAAGUGAAAAAAAUGGAAAUAAUUCUCAGUCUGAAAUUGUUGCCAAAGGAAUACAAGUGAUAUCUUUUCAAAAUUAUGCUGAAGGUGAGUAA